AUGAGAUUACUCCAUAUUCUCGCCCUCUUCUCGUUCUCGCUCGUCUCGUACGCAGCAGCAUUUACCAACCCUAUCAAAGCUAAGGAUGGAUCCGACCCGUAUAUUGUGUACUCAAAUGGGUAUUAUUACUUGACCACGACAACAUGGAGCAAUAUUCAGAUUACCCGUGCUACUUCCAUGGCUGGUCUGAAAACAGCUACCCCAAAGGUCGUCUGGUCGGAUUCAACGGCUUCCAGGUGCUGCAACCUUUGGGCUCCUGAGAUUCAUUGGAUUGCCGGGCAAUCAUCGUGGUUCAUAUAUUACACUGCUGGUGUCGCUGGAACUGCAAACUUUGACGGACAGCGCCUACACGUAUUGAAAGGUAGCUCUAACGAUAUAUGGGCAUCGUCUUGGUCCUAUGCUGGACGCAUCGUGAUCCCCAACCGAGAUGUCUGGGCCAUCGAUGCAACCGUCCUGUUCCUUCCUUCUGGACCGUACCUUGUCUUUUCAAGCUGGGACGGCGACGAACAGUGUCUCUGGAUUUCGAAGAUGAAUUCGGCCACAACUGUGGGCAGUCCUGUUAAAAUAUCUCGCCCUUCCAAUUCGUGGGAGCAAAUAGGUGGUAAAACCAACGAAGGACCUGCUGCUCUUUACCAUGGCGGCAGGACAUGGAUUAUAUACUCGGCCUCGAGUUGUGCCGGAACUGGAUACUCCUUGGGAAGUAUUGAGCUCACCGGGGUUGAUCCCCUCUCUGCAUCGUCGUGGACCAAAUACAACAAUGGUCCUAUCUUCAAGUCGGCUUUUGGAAACUACGCUCCGGGCCAUAACGGAUUCUUUACCGCUCCGUCUGGAAACAUCUACAACGUAUACCAUGCUUCCCCAUCCACUAUCACCUGUGAUGGGAAUCGGCGAACAAUGGUGCAGGCUGUUGGAUGGCACUCUGACGGCACUCCGAACUUGGGUGAACCGCGUGCGCUCACAGAUAAUGUACCCGAGCCCGCUUGA